CAGCCCCCGAUUUAAUAACAAAGGAAAAUCAAAACACUGAAUUUUAUCAACUUGCAAGAUGAAACAAAGCUCGCUUUCUAUGUUCGCCGAAGAUAUCCUUAAGGAUUAUGGCUCGUUCAUGGAGGAACAUGAUGACAAAAUGAAAUCGUUACGGACACAAAUGCCCAAUAAUAAUAAUGAUAAUGCCGGAAGUCAAUUGUUAUCAUCAUUGUCGCCGGCUAUAGAAAUAAACUACGUUGACAGCAACUUUAUAAACUGGCACAAUAUGAAAUUAUCGGAAUCCGAGCUGCUGGCCAACAAACCACUCACAACAUUGGCAAAUUUGUGCAAUCAAUGCAACGAUUUGACGAAAACCGCACAACAAUUGCAAUUGAAAUUUGUGAACACAAAUUGUCAAAUAGAAAAUAUGCAAAUAACGCAAGGAUUAGACUGUACUCUCUACAACAUGAGUGGGGCAAUAGAUUUCUUCUGUCAAAUCUACUUCUUACUAAAACGCAUCAUUAUUGUGCUUCAAAAUAUAUGGACUCAGAUUACAGGGUAUUUCUCGCUUGCAACAGUCGAUAUCAACGAGGCGCAUCUCUUUAAUGUUUUUGAUGCAAUGGUUGAGCUUUUGGAGCAUAUUAUUAUUUUUAACGAACUUACAGAGCAAUCGAAUCUUUCGACCAAAUGGUCUCUUUAUAAAAAGUGGCUACAGACACUGACCAAAAGCACAGAUACCUCGCAAUACUGUACGAAGUACGAAAUGAAUGGCCUACAAACCUCUCUCGAUGAAAUAGAAUCUGUGAUUUCUGGAAAUAUAUUUCAGAUAUUCUUGGAUAGCUUGCUGGAUACUAAGAAACAGAUGAAUCUGAAAGAUGCAAAUGUUAAUUAUAUUACACAACAUUCCAAUUCAUACAUUCGCAAGCUGAUGAGCUCCAUUGAGACGAAUCAAUCGAAUGAAUACAAGAAUUACGAGGAACCCAAGCAUCUAGUGCGCCUCACAGCAUUUAUUUGUGUCUUGCAUAAGCUUGGAAUACUUCUGGACGGGAAACUGAUGAAAAAUGUCUUGGAGACAUUGUCAAGAUAUCAACGGGUGCCAUUAAGUCGAAAUGUAUAUUGGUCACCCCAUGCAUUCAUCAGUAAACAUGCCAAAACGCUUGUGAAGGCGCAGGAUAAAGUACAGGAUUGCUUGAAACAAUAUCAAUCAUCCUUAGAGAAGAUUAAUUCAAAUGAUCUAAAAACAUGUCGCCAACUUGGCACUCAGAUUGCGCUGUGGUCAAUCAAUAUGGAACGCGUCUUUGCCGCUGGCCCAAUUGGACAGUUGAAAACGUUCUCGAAACUAAUCCUACUUGGCCAGGGCUAUGGCGAGCAAGUAAACAGUCUUAUUGAUGGCCUGAUCAGACGACACUUGGCCCUUUCGAUGCCAAUUACCAAAAGCGUCUUAUUCACCAUUUACAAGUUGAUUCAGUAUUUGCAAAUACUACAAAAGACAUUUGCAACAAAUCAAAUUAUUUGCAUACGCCUUCUGAGUUCAUUAUUACAAUGGCAAAAGCAGAAAAUUCAACAUCUUCUGUUGUUGACAAAGAAGAAUAUACUGGACCUAAAGCUAAUGCAACGCAAGAUGAACAUUUUGUCGACACUUAAGCUAUCGGAGAGAUCUAUCAAAGGAUACCCCACAAAACGUCGUUUAACAAUUGUAAAUCUUGCGUUGAGCGAAUUUCUGGGCAAGGAUCGCAUUCUCCCCGCAGAUAAACAAAAACUCUUCAAGUCCAUAUCGCUGCGAGUCAAUAAUCUCUGUCGUUACCAACAGAACAUGCUGGGCCAAUUUGAUUCGACGAGUCUAAUGAACAAUUACGAUUCAUUGUUGUUAUCCGAUGCGGCACUCAAGGAGUAUGUUCAACAGCAACAGAAUCCCUAUUUAUUACAGAAUAUCUUCGGAGCUAACAAUAAGUUGGAUAAGAACUUGUCUAUAUUUAAAGUCACCAAAGAUGCAGAGAACGAAUGUCCAACUAGUCAGCAAAUCUUUGACUGGGAAAAAGAAUUUCUAAGCAAUCAUUUGGAAUUCCUUUUGCGUGUCGAGGCAUUAUCCCAUCUGCUCCUCAGUCAGGAUCAACCAUUCACACAGAAUACCAUCGACUACAGGAACUGCAUCAAUGUGUCUGCUACAGAAAAUUUUGGUGUUUACAACAUAUUAAGAGAUAACCUUGAGAACUAUUUCACUGCAACGUUCUACAAUUUAACGACUAUUGCGCCACACGAUUGGAAGUCAUAUGAAAAGAUGCGUCAUUUGGCUAAUAAACUGCUUCAAUUGCGACCUGUCGACGACUAUUUGCCCAAUCAAAUUAUAGAUCAAGGCAUCGAUGUGCUUCAGAUAAUGCGAAAUAUCCACACAUUUGCCUCCACAUACGCCUACAAUAUGAACUUGCAACUGUUUGUGGAGAUGCAGAGUCGAAACAAACAUCUGGAUAUUAUUGGCACUCGGCACGUCGCGAACUCCGUGCAGACACAUGGAACGGGCAUUAUAAAUACUACGGUUAACUUUAUUUAUCAAUUUUUGCGUCAAAAGUUCUAUACAUUCUCAACGUUCCUGCACGACGAGCACAUUAAAUCGCGCCUCCUCAAAGAAUACCGAUAUCAUGCCGAUCACAAACAUAACAAACCAUAUCAGUCGUAUCCCUAUGAAAGGGCCGAAGGCUUUAUCAAGAAAAUCCGCAAAUUGGGUGUGUCCCAGAAUGGUGAAACGUACAUGGACUUGUUUAGGAAAGUUAUCACACAAGUUGGUAACGCUGUGGGAUAUGUGCGACUUUUGCAAUCCGGCAGCAAGAAUGCCAACUAUAGAAGUCGUUCUUUUAUGUCCAGAUUCAAUAGCAAUUUUGCACGCUGCGAGGACAAGAGUCUGGAGGAAACAACCGAAGGCUCGAUUAAAGAAUACGAGAAAAGUGUUGAGCAUCUAAAGGAGUGCUAUUCCGAUUGCACCAACUACUUUAAGUUACUCAUGCAAGGAUUUCAACCGUUUCUCUGCAAUCCACACAAUCAUCAUCUGAAGACGUUCUUUCUGAUCACACCCGCCCUGAUUAUGAACUAUAUUGACUAUCGAGUGAAAGAGAAACUGAAAAUGUAUAAAAAGGAUCAGUUGAAGUGUUCAUUGUUCGAGGAUGGCUUUGCCAUUGGAUUAAUCUAUAUACUAAAUAUGUUGAAUCAGCUUGGGGAAUUCCACGAGCUCGGCUGGAGUCGUACAACCGCACAACAAUUAAAUUCCGAGCGUCUUAAACUCAAAAACAUUCUUUCCACGCCAAGCAACAAGGAUCAUAAUAAAAGUUCUCCCCUCAAGGCGGAUGAAGAUGAAAAGUUGCUGCAGACGGUGGCAAUUACCGAAAGACAUGUGAAUGCCUAUGAGCAGGAAUACAAUCUAUUAUAUGCCACAUUAAGUAGUGCUGAAAUAUUCUUUCAAUAAAUAGCAUAUGAUGACCAAUUGUUGAAAGAAACGACAAAAAGUAUAAAUAAAAAUUUUCAGUAGUUUUUUUUUUUUUUUUUAGUUUUAGUUUCAGUUUAUUAAGACGAAACUAAGUACAUACAUAUAUAAAUCUGAUUGUUGGUAAAUUGUAAGAUAAAAGACUUGUUAUUUGUUAUUCACUUUGUAACUAACAUUUUGAUAGCUGUUAAUACAUUUGGUUAGACUACUAUUAAUAAAGGAAAUUACGGGUAGCUCCCAUUUAAUGCAAGUUAUUCACAAACAA